UGCGAGGAUGAGACACCUCCCCUCGAGAACGAAACUGGUACCUAAAAUAAACAUUUAGCUAUCGAAAGACUAGCAAACAGCUGGGUAUUUGCAUGUUGUAAACGGUAUUGCGUGUUGUGUGUAAUAUUUUCGUGAGCGAGUGACGAAACAAUGCUGGUGAACAGUGAUUUUCUCCCGACGGGGGAUCCGCGUCGAAAGUGUUAUUAGCAGCAGCCCCCAAAGAAAUUGAUUGCCAGCUAAGCAUUAUUGUGCACUGCAUGAAACAAAAAAUAGGAUUCGCGGCAGUCGAGGAUUCAAUAAGAAUCGAGUGGAAUAGUUAAGAUUAAAUGAGAAACAAGUAUGUAUUAAAUAUUGAUCUUGGGUACCUGAACCAUUACAACGCAUUGCGAUGGCAUCAAGCGAAAAUAACAGCGAUGACGGAGGUCAUAACAUCUUCUCGGGCUUUUCCAGCUCGAAUGGAAGCGCACCGGAGUACGAGCAUCUCUUGCAGUUUGAGUAUCUCAAGACUAAGUAUCGAGACGUCUUGUCCCAGCUGAAGACCGUUUCGAGCGAAAAGCAGCGGCUAGAGCAUGACUUCCAACUGCUGAAAAAGGAACUCGACGGGAAGGGAGACUUCUUCAACAGUACAUAUCACGAGUACAGCGCCUUGAAGCAAAAGUAUGACACACUCAGACUUCGGUAUGAAGAAAUUGCGAAAGAUCCUUCACACUGCAUCAAGCUCUGCGAGGAGCUGAAGAAAGAGCGCAACAAAUACAAGGAAUUGCUAAAAGCGACCGAGCAUGAGCUCGAGACGGUACUGUCGGAGCGUGGAAGUGUCCUGAAGGAAAACCAGAAACUAUACGACAAAAAUGAAGCGCUCGAACGUGAGGUGCAGGGAAAGCUGAAGGAAUGCGCGUCACUGAAGGAGAAGAUUGAGGUGCUCAAGAGCCACCAGGAGUACCAGCAGUUGUCGAAUGAGAGCAACUGGAGCAAGGAACUGUCGGAGAGUAAGGAUAAGUUUGGGAUUGUUUCGGAAAGCCUCGAGUCGGCCAAUCAGGAAAUCGAGCGAUUGAAGAAAGCCCUCGAUAAGGCGAAGGCAGAGAUCGCCAAAGCCGUGCACGACACGGAGGUGGCCAAGCAGCGACGGGAUUGGGCUAUUUCGGAGCGUGAAAAAAUUGUGCAGGAGCGGGAUAGUGUAAGGAAUCUGUGCGAUGAAAUACGCAAGGAACGCGAUACGGCCACCUCAAAGCUGCUGGCGGCGAUUCGCGAUAAGGACGAUGCACACAAAAAGAUUGAACUACUAACGGAUCAGUUGGAGCAGCUGAUUCGCGACAGUAUUAACAACAACUCCGGUGCCGGUGGUCAGACCCAGAGUGCUUCGAACAACAACCAGCUGCAAGCGAACGGAGGUGGCUGCACGCCCAGUACCCCGAACGCAUCGAUGGCCUCGGUAAACAAUAGUAGCAGCCAGCGAAACUCGCACUACAGCAGCUUCAGCUCAAUCUACAACCUGGAAUCGUUACAACAGUUCGAUGUAGAGCUCGUCGAAAUCGACACCUCCCCAUUGCUGAGUAAUUCAUCCGACUGGGGCCUGACGAUCAGUGGAGAUUUGGAUCACAGCUACGCUAGUGACAGCCACAGCAACUCAAAGAAUCUCUGCGGCCCGUACGUGGCAGCCGUUGAGCACGAUUCCAUAUUUGCCGGCAAGCUGAAACCGAACGACAUACUCUGCCAGAUAAACAACCACGACUGUAGCACCUUUUCGCGCCGGAUGAUCUAUCGCACGAUCCGCAGCAGCGUUCCGCAGUGCAUUAUUACGGUGAAGCGGCCGACGAAGCGUUUGCUACCUGUGCAAAUUCCCUUCACCAGCACGAACCGUAACCAUGGGCUUUGCCUGGAGCUGGGGCUUUACAUAGCGAAGCUUGAGCCGAGCUCGAUUGCAGCGAAGGAUGGUCGAUUGGCCGUGGGGGAUCGCAUUUUGUCCAUCAACAAUAAGCCUAUGGAACGCGUGGAAAACAUCAAUGAAGUGCACGCGUACAUCAACGAUAUGCGCAACAGUUGUCUGAAUCUGAUCGUUAUCAAAGAGAUGCCGGAGAGCCACGCGAGCUAUGCCAGCUUUUACCAGCCCCGGCUGAAGCACAUCCGCAACACAACGAGCUGUACGCAGACGGAUAUCUCGUUGUCGACGACGUUUGGUAGUCAGCCCAAUACGACCGCGGCUAGCAGCGUUAACGCAAUGCUGAUGAAUCCACGUCUGAGCUUGGAGUUUGAUAGCAACAAUCACUUUUUGCCCUCCCCGAUGCCGUCCUCGUAUCAUCCGUCUUCCAGUACGCCGAAUUCGGUAGCUGCAAGCACUCCUUCGUCGACCAAGUCGGCCUCGAAGUUGACCGAGUUUAUUCAAAAGAUUAAGGAUAAAAUGGCAAUCAGCAACCACAGUAAGGAUACACCGGGUGGCAGUCAGGAGCACGACGCGAUCGCGGUCCUCGACUCAGUCCUAGACAGUGAUGAGCAGUCGCGGGACGGGAAACGCACUAAACGCCGCAACAAGACCGACGCUCAUCAUCAGGCGGAGAUACCGCGUGGGACGUGGCCGCGGGUGAACAUGACGAUUCACAUCAACGAGAAUCACCCGGGCACAAUCGUGCACCGGACGAAGAAGGAACGACCCCGUUUGACGAUCCCCAGUGGUGGUGACUUGGACAAUAAUAACUACUUUUCCGCUGCGAUGAACGAAGCAAACACUAUUCCAACUAAUUUUCAACCCGCGCCAAUCAGCAUCCCGUUGCCCCCGAAGGGAAUACCCGGUGGAGGAGGCAAUGUCGGUAAUAAUGUUGGGGGUGGUGGAGGUGUUUUGACACCCGGCCCGGGCACCAGCGGUGGAGGUCAAGGAACGCUUCCGACCUCGAGCAAGCGAAAUUCUAAUCCAGUUAUGCCAUUGGACAUCAACCGUCUACUAGCGUCGAAGUAUGACGAUCCAACGGUUGUUUCUGGGGCAAACACUAUGGCAGGCAAGCAGUCAAGCAGCAGGGGUGUUCCGUUUCCGCGCUCGUCCACUUACGACGACCGCCAUCACGAUGGGGCCGGCUUGAAUCUGCAUAAACAUCGUUUCAGCCUGAACCUAUCCGCGAUGAGCAAACAACUCCAACAGCAUCAACAGCAGCAACAGCAACAGCAGCAGCAGCUUCUUUUGCCAUCACAUCAUCAGCAGCAGGAGAACUCACUCGACUUUAUUCCCAUUCCCUUGUCGGCGUCUCAGAAAAGCAACCACUCGAUCGAUUCCGCCUCCGGACCGCAUUCGAAAAGUCCACCGGUAGUGUACUACCCUGGACCACCGGGUAGUGGGCUGCCUUCAUUGAAGGGGGUCGUCGGUGGUGGUGGUGGUGGUGAUCAAAACACGGCCACCACGGCGGAGUUUUUCAUGCCGUCGAAAAUAUCCAAAACGCUGUCGAAGUAUUCGAGCGAUGCCGAAAGUCUCGACACCGAAACGCUCUCUCUCGGUGGCAUGAGUGGGGGAAUGCUGCAGGGUUCGGGCGGCGGCAAAACCGGGUCCGCCAAUCAAGCUACCCCCAACGGAGUUAAUCAAGGACAAUCUUCAACCGUCGGCGGAGUUGGGCCUGGAAACACGAACACUCUUCCACUGUCAUCGCAUAUGCGCAAACAAACAAUGGCCAUGAGUGGUGGUAGUGGUGGGGGCGGAGGGGGAGGUGGUGUUGGAGGAGGAUCGUCCUCCAAUCGUGCUGGGCUCACGCUUCACCCCGGAGCAACCACGGCCGCCGGGUACGGGGCGACCAUAUUUCCUGGCUCCUAUUCGCAUCCCUUCAACAAUAUGCGCGGAAAUCAUCACCAGGCGGGAGGGAGUGUUGGUGGAGGGGGUACCGACGUCGGAAUAACGUCGGUGCACCCGAUGAUGACGGGCUCGUCGACGAUCGGACAUCACACGCAUGGAGCAUCUAUGGACUACAGCUCGUCCUACCGCUACAGCCAAAUACAAUCGUCCAAGGAAGACGUGCCUAUAGCAGGAUACGCGGGAGGCUACGAGGGUGGCACAUUCCCCCGCAACAAAAGUCACCUCAUCAACAACAGUACCCACCACCAGCACCAUCAUCACCAUCAUCACCAGCAUCAUCAGCAGCAGCAGCAACAGCAUCAGGGUUCUGGGUUUCGCAUCCCAUCGAACCAGAGUGUUACGAGCCGGGGAAGCGGAAUAAAGAUCAGCAACGGUUCGAUCGAUUGUAGCAGUUCGGAGCGGGCUUCCCCGAUACCAACGUUUGAGGUACAGGUGCUCAAACCAGGGCAUGUCCCAUCCGGUGGUGGAACUUCCGGCGGUUCAAACAAGAGAAAUUCUCUGCACGAUUACGGGGUGCAAUCGAAACCGAAUGUCGGUGCCCUGCGUCUCGUGCUGAUCGAUAAGAGUGAGAUGUCGCUCGGAAUCAAAAUAUUCUGCCGACGCAAUGGAGGGGGUGUUUUUGUGUCGAACGUAGGUGAGAAUAGUCUGGCGAGCAAGGUUGGGCUGCACAUCGGUGAUCAGCUGCUGGAAGUGUGCGGCAUCAAUCUUCGCAAAGCAACGUACGAACUGGCCGCGCACGUACUGCGUCAGUGUGGCAAUUCCAUCACCAUGCUAGUGCUCUACAAUCCGGUUGUCUACAACAACCUGACUACGAGCGAGGACAAUCUUGCCCGGUCCGGUUCUCCGACGCCGCAAAACUCUCCCCGCGCCAUGGGCCGGUCGAUCCACUCGGCGGUCAACACGACGGCCGUGAACGCGCUGACGGUCGAGCGAUCGAUGGCCGCACCGAAGAAGCCUUCCGCCCUUUCGGCAGCGAAAGAGUUCAGCGACAGCUUGGAACACCAGCCGCAGCUGCACGACGAAGAGGACGAAGAGCAUGGACCGGUGGGUGUAGGUUCGGUUGGGGUAGGGGGCACGGGCGUUACCGGUGGAGGUGGCAUGUUUAAGGAGCAAGCGCGAGAAAUCUACAUUGAGACGCGCAAAACCUCCAACCUAGGGAUAACGCUGGUCGGUGGAAAUGCGAAUGGAAUUUUCGUGCACGGCGUGCAGAAGGAUUCGAUUGCCGAUCAGGCCGGUUUGCUCGUUGGCGAUCAGAUACUGGAGUUCAACGGUACCGAUAUGCGGCGCUCGACGGCCGAACAUGCGGCACUGGAGAUCGCAAAACCGGCCGAUCACGUGAAGGUGCUCGUGUUGUACAAUAUUCAAAAGUUCAAUCAAAUCAAGGACAAACCGGGUGACGCACUCUACAUUAGAGUCGGUUUCGAUCGUAACUGCGAUCAGGGCGACUCGGAACUAUCUUUCGCCAAGGACGAAGUCCUUUUCGUCGAUAACACCAUGUUCGGUGGAAUACCUGGCAAGUGGCGAGCCUGGAAGCUGGACGAAUACGGCCACAAGCGACAGUGUGGAAUCAUUCCAAACAAGCUCAAGGUUGAGGAAGAACUGCGAUUGCUGGGAGACACCGGUGAUGUCGAUACGACGACACGGCGCGGAUCGACGUCUGCACGUAGAUCGUUCUUCAAGCGUAUCAAGCCGCAGAGAAGCUCAUCACGUGACUCCAAGGAACUGGCGAGUUUCAGCAACACCCAUCUUAGCCUUUACCUUGACUCAGGCUCGCUUAGCGACGACGGUUUGGCCAGCUACCAACGAGUCGAGCGGUUGGAAUAUACCUACCGGCCGGUGAUAAUUCUUGGCCCGCUGUCCGAGUUUGUGAUUGAUAAGCUGUGCGUGGAUUUCCCGGAGGACUUCGCCGUCCUGCAGGAAAGUCAGAAGAAGUGCACCAAGGAGGAGAUGGACUUGGCGAUCCAAAACAACACCAUCGCGGAUUAUAAAAUGCGCAGCAAUGGCAUUUUCGAGUACACCAGCAUGCAAGCAGUGCGAGAUAAUAAGCAAUGUCAUUGCAUAUUAAAUGUGAGCAUGGCUGCGGUGGAGAGAUUACAAAGGGCGCAGGUGUAUCCGAUCGUGUUACUGCUUCGCUUCAAAUCCGCCAAGCAAAUUAAAGAGAUCAAAGACUCGCGCUACUCGACGGACAAGAUUUCCGCCAAAGCGGCCAAAGAAAUGUACGAGCACACACUCAAGAUGGAGUCCGAGUAUCGACAGUUUAUUUCGGUUGUCAUCUCUGGCGUGAAUAUUACGCACAUGUGCACCCAAAUCAAAGCAGCCGUCGACAGUGAGCAGAAGAAAAUACUCUGGGUGUCAAUACCAACACCGUUGUGACCGUCCGUGAGCUAUCUUCUGCCCCACGAAGACGAACGUUUGGCAUAACAUACAAACUAUCGGUUGGCGAGGAACAAAACGGUAAGCGUAAAACACCAAUGCAGCAAGGAGAAUCAUAAUGGAUGAAGGCGCGAUAGCAGCCUCAAAACUAUCAACAAAUAAUAGGCAGCCGCUUCACACAUGGAAAACCAGAACGCCGGCAAUGAGUGUGAGUACACCCUGUGCAAUAUAUUUACAUUAUGAAUGGAAUAUGUCUUGGACAGGUUAUGAUAAAGCAAUAAGGGAGAGGAAUAGCUAGGAUCUUUUGUAUCACACCAACAUACCUUUCCAUCCCACUGGCAAAGAGUUUAUCCAGUCAAUAUAUACGUGCUACAGUUCAUCACAGAGCCUAGAAUUGAAGAUUGCUAAAGUGUGUAACAUUGUUAGAAGAUUAUAAUGAUGAUGAUGAUGAUGAUGAUGAUGAUGAUGAUGAAAGAGUUACAUAACAAUAUUCAUUGUAUACGGAAUUGCAAUAAUUAUAUGUUUUUAUCUAACAUUAUGUUUUGGCCUCCACCCGGAAUAGAACGUUCCCAACGAGGAACAAAUAGACAAAAGUAGAGAGUAAAAUCUGCAGAACAGAAUCUCAAAAUUUUGGCUACAAAUAUUACAAAAUUACACAUACAAGAAGGCCUAAAAGGUGCGAUGGAAAGUUGCAUUUAUCUGUUCCGCGAAAUUUCCUUAACAACAGCAUCUAUGAGGAAAGCAGUAUUUUUGAUAGUGAAGUAAAAAACUACCAUUUCUGUUGUUGUCAACGUAAUUUCUAAAAAAUGGUUGAUCUAUGGUCGAUAACUAUGGCGUUUGUUUUUUUAUGUGUCUGAAUAACUAUAAAGAGAAACUUUAAGUAGUUCUACUAAGUCUUCCAAAAGUCAAAACAAUGGUAAAGUCUCGCUUAUUAGUUUAACAAAACUAUAAGCAUUUGUUAAAAUAAACAAUUGAGACGCACAACUCGAUCCAAUUGACAGUGCAUGGAGCCAAACCUCCGAUGUUUGCUGAUUUAGUAUCGAUUAGAAUUUUAAAACGAUCUUACGAGUUACGGAUGGGACGGUUUUGGUUUUGUCAUCCUCCCAGGGCGAGAGUUCCCACACACAACCCGCGUCUUCCGACUAUAAACAAUUUUAUAACGUUAACUUGGCCUAAACUAAUGAACGCAUAAUUUAAAAGUAACGAAAGAAAUGUCAGUUACAGUGAAGAAUGAUAAAGAUAUUUUAUUAUAAAAAUAGAUUAUUUCUUGCUUUCCUUUGGCAGCUUACUCUUAGUUAGAAUCCAAUGUAGCUAAUAUAAUAAAAUAGCGAAAGGGUUAUGAUUCAAGCUUGUGAAUGAUUGUGCGACCAUCCCAUCAGCCAGCAAUACUUCAUUUAAAACAUUAAUUUAACGUUCUCAGUAGACGCCAUUCUGUUUGCGUUCGAUUCAAACAAUCACACAACAAAUGAAAUUAUCCAAUCUCUUCUUAUUUUGUCGACAAUUUAACAAUUGUCGAAGAAUGUCGAAAGCUAUAUUAUUUAAAAGGAAUAACAUCAACAUUAAAGAAACACUUUAGGGGAUGUUUAACAUUGCAGUUAAUUAAUUAUACCAUGUUUAAAGAAUUUUAUAGCAUGCAGAGGGAAAAAGGAAAUCAGAAUCAAUCAAUUGGCAAUGAUGGAAUAUUUUCAACUUACUUAGCCGCAUACACAAAUAUAUAAAACUUCUGAGCAUUAAUAUAUAUAUAUGAAUAUUCUAUAUAUUUAUAUAUCUUUAUAUAAAUAUAUAUCUUUACAUUUGAUC